UCUAUAUAACACCAUUCAGCCCCUCACCCAUUUCACUCACAGAACAACCUUUCAAAAACAUGUCUAGAACGACAAAACGUGAUUCUCUUACACUUCUCCUACUGCUUCUCAUUGCUAUCCUCUCCAUUUCUUCGGUGGAGUCUGGCCGACCGCCUUUCGCCUGCGACCCGAGAAACGGGUUGACGAGGAGUUUACGGUUUUGCCGGACGAAUUUACCUAUCCACGUGAGGGUUAGGGACUUGUUAGGGAGGUUGACGCUGCCGGAGAAGAUAAGGUUAUUGGUUAACAAUGCGAUAGAUGUGCCCAGGCUUGGGAUUCGAGGGUACGAGUGGUGGUCCGAGGCGCUUCAUGGGGUGUCCAAUGUGGGUCCCGGGACUAAGUUCGGUGGUUCGUUCCCGGGUGCCACCAGCUUCCCUCAAGUUAUCACCACGGCCGCUUCGUUUAACGAAUCGCUAUGGGAACGUAUCGGGCAGGUGGUUUCGGAUGAAGCAAGAGCAAUGUAUAAUGGAGGAAUGGCUGGUUUGACAUAUUGGAGUCCCAACGUGAACAUAUUCCGAGACCCACGGUGGGGCCGAGGCCAAGAAACUCCCGGCGAAGACCCCGUUCUCGCCGGAAAAUAUGCGGCGAGCUACGUCAGGGGCCUCCAAAGUGCCACCGGGAACCGCCUUAAAGUUGCCGCCUGCUGUAAACAUUACACUGCUUAUGAUCUUGAUAAUUGGAAGGGUGUGGAUCGAUUCCAUUUCAAUGCUAGGGUUAGCAAACAAGACCUGGCAGAUACAUAUAAUGUACCAUUCAAAGCAUGUGUAGUGGAAGGGAAAGUUGCAAGUGUUAUGUGUUCUUACAAUCAAGUCAAUGGCAAGCCCACUUGUGCUGACCCAGACUUACUUAAAGGCACCAUUCGUGGCCAAUGGCACCUUAAUGGGUAUAUUGUAUCAGAUUGUGAUUCGGUUGGUGUAAUGUAUGAUACUCAACAUUUCACUGUUACACCAGAAGAGUCUGCUGCAGCUACUAUUAAAGCAGGUUUGGAUUUGGAUUGCGGGCCGUUUUUGGCGAUAUAUACGGAUUUGGCUAUAAGGAGGGGUUUGUUAACUGUGACUGAUGUUGACAUGGCUUUAGCGAAUACCGUUACUGUCCAAAUGAGGCUCGGCAUGUUCGAUGGUGAACCAUCAGCUCAACCGUAUGGGCAUCUCGGUCCGAGACAUGUGUGUACCCCGGAUCAUAAACAACUAGCCUUGGAAGCUGCUAGGCAAGGCAUAGUUUUGUUGAAGAACUCUGGGUCUUUACCGUUGUCUACUUCACGUCAUCGUACCGUCGCGGUUAUUGGGCCGAAUUCAGAUGUCACAGAAACAAUGAUAGGAAACUAUGCAGGGGUGGCAUGUGAUUACACGAGUCCCUUGAAAGGCAUUUCAAGAUACGUGAGGACUGUUCAUCAAGCAGGCUGUUCAAACGUUGCUUGCAAAGCAAACAAUCUGUUUGGAUUCGCCGAGGUCGCUGCCCGCCAUGCUGAUGCGACAGUUCUCAUAAUGGGGCUCGACCAAUCGAUAGAAGCAGAAUUCAAGGACAGGGCCGGGUUGCUCUUGCCUGGAUACCAACAAGAGCUGGUUACCAGGGUGGCUCAAGCAUCGAAAGGCCCUACUAUUUUGGUAUUAAUGUCGGGUGGCCCGAUUGAUGUCUCGUUCGCCAAGUAUGAUCGUCGAGUUAGUGCCAUUUUAUGGGCCGGUUAUCCAGGCCAAGCUGGAGGAACAGCAAUUGCAGAUGUUCUAUUCGGAACAACAAAUCCAGGUGGGAAGUUGCCAAUGACAUGGUAUCCACAAUCUUACGUAGCUAAAGUACCAAUGACAAACAUGGGAAUGAGGCCAUCCCGAGGCUAUCCCGGAAGAACCUACCGGUUCUACAAAGGUCCAGUCGUGUUUCCAUUCGGUCACGGCUUGAGCUACACAAACUUUAAACAAUCAUUAGCCUUAGCUCCAACUGAUCUCUCAGUGCUCAUUAACACCAAUUUAUUUGCCACUAAAAACUACUCAACAUUAUCAAGCAAAGCCAUUAGGGUGAAACAUACUAAUUGUGAUUCACUUUCAUUACCCCUCCACAUUGAUGUUGAAAACAUUGGCAACAUGGAUGGGACUCACACUUUGCUCCUUUUCUCUGAACCGCCCGCUGCUGUAAAAUGGUCACCGAACAAACAAUUAAUAAGUUUCCAUAGAGUCCAUGUCAUUGCUGGGUCGAAACAGCGAGUGAAAAUCAAUGUUCAUGCUUGCAAACACCUUAGUGUCGUUGAUGAAUUCGGGAUCCGAAGGAUUCCGAUGGGUCAACAUAGUUUAUACAUUGGGGAUCUAAAGCAUUCUAUUUCUCUCCAAGCAAAUUUGGAGGGCAUCAAGAAUUAGAGUAUAAUUAUUAUUGUUAUUAUUAUUAGUUCCACUGCAUUUCCAAAGGGAAAAAAAAGUGGUCAUAAUUGUACAAGUUUUUAGGCAUUUGAGUCUUCAAUCUAUUUUGUUUUUGUUUUUAAAUAAAAGAACAAAUAUUGAUUGAAACAGAAUUGGCCAAAUGAAUAAUAGUGUAAUAAUUCAAGAAAUAUUAGUAUUUUUUU